UUGACGCGCAUGCGCACUGUUGUGUUUAUAUGAAUGGUUGAUUUGUGAAUGUGACUGUCGGUCGCUAUUGUGCUUUUAAUGUGUACUCCCGCUUGUCUUGGGCCGAAACAUAAUCAACACAUCAGAACAGAUAUAUCAUAGCUACAGUUCACUCUUGUGAGAAGUGAAGUAGGCGUUAUGACUUCAGACGCUGUAUCAGACCAAGAUGUCAAGUAAGAUUCAAAGAAAAGUAACGGUUGAGAAUGUAAAAGACAGCACUGAUGCCCCUCGUCGUCCCAGUGUGUUUGAAAGACUUGGUCCCGGCGCAGUAAGCACACAAGAGAGACACAGUCGCAGUAGCGAUCCAGGAGAAAAGUGCAGGAACUGGAUGCGUAGCGGUAUCUGCUCCUACGGCUCUAAAUGCCGCUACCAACACGAGGCAUACCCACCUUCCUCAUCCACAUCGUCAAAGACGCAGAAGGCAGAAAGGGAGCCAUCACAGAAAGAUCUGCGACACAAGGUGCGACACAAGCAACAAGAUGUCCGUGAAUCACGAAGCAGGUCGCCAUCACCAAAGAAAAGGAAGCUGUCAUCAGGUGGUGGGAGCAAUAGCCGAACACGUCGGUUAGACAAUGAAAGUAAAAUUAAGUCAACAGUUGUCGUGACACGCCCUCGCACCCCUUCAUCUGAGGAAGAGGAAGUGCGACCUGCAAAGGAAACAAAGCCUCCUAAGAACUGGGAGGGAGCUUCAGACGAUUGGCCACUAGACGAAGCUUCAUUGGAUUACAAGGAAGAAUUGUCACUGGAAAUGAAGCGACAACAACUGCAGCGAGAAUUGGAAAUGCUGCAGAAGGAGAAUCGCCCAAGUGUUGGGGCUGGUGCUAGCAGUAGUAGUAUACCAGCUAGUGGUCACGUAACAAUAACAAAGACUGUACGUGCCACACACACGCAUCAGGCCCCAGCAUCCUUCAGCGGGAGCAGUGAAUCCUCGAGUGAUUCCGACUCCUCUUCGUCGGAUUCUUCGAGCUCUAGCUCUGACGAUGACAGUGACGACUCGUCAAGCUCUAGCUCUUCUGGAGAGGCGUCCCCAGUGGCUGUGCGGUCGGGAUCUAAUGCUGCUGCACCCCCGUCGCCUUCCGACCAUGGGAGAUAUCGGCACAGGGGCGGCGGGGAUGAGCGCCCCGCCGGCCGUCGAGGAGUGCCCGAACCUCCUCCCCCCGCCGCGUCCUUCUCCAGGGGGAGAGAUGCGCCUCGCUCGGGCACAUCGCAUUCGCGAGCAGAACACAGAGACGUCCCACGUCACGGGAGAGAAAGGCAGGCUGCCGGAAGGGAGGGUGGUGAAGGACGGUCGCCACUGCCAAGACGCAGGCAGGACCCAGAGUACGACAGCUAUGCCAGGUCCCGUGGUCCUAGGACUCCCAGUCCUGGAGCAGUGUCAGAUGCCAAGAGAAAGCUGUCUGUCUCAAAGCAACCUGUCCAAGUUGUCCAGCCAAAAGUGAGGAAGAAGAAGAAGUCUUCUAAGAGGCGCCGUGAAAGGGAGCGCCAGCUGAAGGCACAACAUCGCAGCAGCACGCGAACUACUGGACAGUCUGAGCCUUCGGGUCGUGACAGUGUGUCUCCAGACCUGUUACCCCCAGUCUCCUCCUCGCGGGGCAGUAGACACGGGGCCAGGGAUGCUCCGAGGCGCAGCCGAGAACGUGAAGCUGUGGGCCGUAGCCAGGGGGCCGGAGAUGCGCCGAGGCACGGUCCUCCAAGAGGUCGCUCCCCCGCUCUGCUACCAGCACACGAGUCUAUGACUCCUCCGCAUCUACACAGGAGCACGAGCGACAAGUAUGGCGCACCUCCCUCAAAGAGACCUCGAAGGGAUUCCCCGUCUCUGGUUGAUCCACCUCCGCGCGAGCCCAGAAAGAAAGAGUCUGAACGGCAUGGAAGAGAAGAGCAUGGUUCACAUCCCAAAGGAAGCUACGAGCCUCGAUACUCCGGAGAGUCGGAAGGUCGGGGACACCAAGGUAGCCGCAAGAGGGACGAUGGCUAUGCCGAGCCCCCACCUCCACCCCAUCGGCACCGUCAUGAAACGGUGGAGGAUGAUACUCUUGAGCCUGGUGAAGUUAUGCCGGAACAAGGCGACCGGUACGGCGGAGACCGGGGAUGCCACGAGGGCGGCCGGAGCCGCGACAGCAGGCGAUCGGAUUACCAUCAUUCUAGGUCGACAUCACCUUCUAUGGGCAGCAUCUCUCGUAGCAGAAUCGACGUGGACAUGCACCGCAUGUCUGAGUAUCCCCACUCCCCACAGGGAGGGCGCUCGCGGGGACCGGACCUCUCCAAGGGCAAGGGCGACCAGAGGAGCUCCGACAUGCGCCGUGACCCUUACCCCCACCCUCCACCCGACGGGCGCGGCGAUUCCUACAGACGCGUGGACAGCCGUUCGGACCCUCACAAGGGAGACCCCCGUCCCGACGGACGUCCCGAUUACCACGAACGCGGCGGUUCGCGUUCGGACUAUCAUGGACGCAUGGAUCCGAAGUCGGACUACCACAGGGGCGACCCAUACGGAAAGGGCGGAGACGGCCGCCCGGAGAGGGAGCCUCGAGGCGACCCCUACAGCAGGGGCGACAUGAGAGGCGACUCCUACAGGUCGUCCGAUUAUCGCCACGACAGGGGUGAUCACCGGAUGGACAUGCGGUGUAAAGAGCCACCCAGGAUGGAACGUGACCUGCCCUACGAGCCGCGGCAGGAAGGAUACGGCCGUGGUGAUGACUACUACGGUCGUCCACCAGAUCCCAAAAUGGACCGAGGUCGUGACUACUACGGGGACGGCUACGGCGGCCAUCGUUCCGAGCCCAGGGAUCGUGGGUCCAGGGACGGUAGGCGACCGGAGCACUUGAGUCGCUCUGAGCCACAUCCCAAAGGGGGCAUGCGGAUGGAGAGGGAUAGGAGAGGAGGGGACACGCGCGGAGGAGAGAGGUCACGUGGGGAGUCUGACAGCAGAGCAGACGGCAGACCAGACAGUAGGCCAUCGGCGUAUGGCUCAAAGUCUGAUCACAUGGACUCCAGGGGCAGGGGAGAUUCAAGAGGGGAAGAUGUAAGGGACCCGUACGAACGUGGGGACGGCUACAGAGGGGACAGGCCAGAGCCGCAUCGUGUUUCCGACCUGCGGGGCGAUUCUGGAAGACGGGAUCAUAAGCGACCCUCACGGUUGGAUCCAGCGUCUGAAGAGUCCAGUUCGAGCCGUUACGGUCGUCGUGAUGAAGAUGGCAGGGAGAGGGAAUCCAGGGUGGUAAACAGAGAUAGCCGUGGAGGAGUCUGCUCCCGCUCCUCAUCUCCUGCACGAAGCUACGAACGAAAAAGAACUGCACAUAAGGACAGGAUUGUCAGGGAGAACACCAAAAGGGAGGAUGACGUGAGUGCCCGUGAAGUGGACGUGAAGGAUGAUAGAUCAUCCAAUGGAAGUCGUGGCUCAUCACCAGGGAGGCCCCAGGAGAAGACAGCCGCUCGUUCAAGCAGGGAGGCAGUUUCUGAGAGAAGGGAGCAAUCCCCUGACACAAGCAUUCCUGAAGUGGUAGCCCCUAAAGUAGACGCAGCAUCUCCACUUACAGAAGACAGCGAGGAAGAAUCCCCUGCCAAGGGAGAAGUUUCUGACAGUAGCAAGCACAUGGUGUUGGUAGAGGAAUGCAAGUCAGAUGACGAAAAUGACAAUGUCCAGGAGCAGAAGGCAGCAGCAUCAGAAACAUUCAGUGACUGGAGUGACGACGAAGAUGAUAUACUGACCAGAGAUGACCCUACUUUGGAGUUUGUAACAAAGGAACCAUCAUCUGACAGUCACAAUGACCAGGUCAGCCAAGACAAAUUAGAAGAGGCAGCUGAGGCAAACCUAAUCGAGGUGGAUGCGGUUCCCAUUAGCCCUGCAGACUCUCACCACUCUGGGGAAGGAGGCCUGGGUACUGCCGAAGAGUUUGAUCCCAUCAGUGAUGACGAACUGGAGGCACUGAUAGAUGAGUCCAAGGACAAAGCACUAGACGAGGAAAAAACAACCAUUUCAGAUGUGCUGGACAUUGACUGGUCCAGCCUCGUGAAGGAUGCGCGUCCCAAAGACGAGUCCGCGACCAAACGGAGCUCGGCUCGGGAACGGUACUCGGCGGCCCGUGUGUUUGCCCGCAUCGGCAUAUCGAAGGACCUGGCAGGAGAAGAGUUGACACAGCAAGUGGUCGAGUUCUGUCGCAAGGAAUUGGGGGGUGAUUCAUCAUCAGAUAACGCAGAGCCAGAGUUCCAGCUGGAGGAUCUUACCGCGGGCUUCCACGUAGCGGCUGUUGCAGCACGGAAGCAGCAAACCCAAGCACUGCAGUGCUGUGGUCAUUACUCCCGCGCAUUAUCUGCACGUCGUGACCUAAUGUUACGGCGAGCGCUGUGCAAGGUGUACGAACCCAGUACCACGACGGCAGCCACAGCCGUGGACCCGGAGCUCUACAAGCGUAGCUUGCAACUUUUCCAGUCACGUGUGACCAUGGAGGUGUCUUAGAGAAUGCUGAACAGCCUGGUUACAGAGACGAUGAAGCUGCGUAGUUGCACGUGUCUGGAGUCAUCGUGUAAUUUUACGCUCAUCUUGAAUUGCUGUCAUACACUUUGUUUUUUUGAUUCUAUAAAAUGUAAGGGAUGUGAUACAUGAA